CGACAAUUUGGUUUCAGUCCAGGGAGAAAGAGUCCACUGAAAUGAGCAUUGUGAGGGAACUCAGGUUGAUGGUACCUUGGCGUGCUCUCUCCCUUCCUAUACUGCUGGUUUUGUUACGAGGCCACAUUUGUGCGUCAUCUAGCCUGACAGAAACAUCAGAAAGUGAGUUCUAUGAAAAUGAACAGAGAAGGGCUCUGUUAGCAGUACAGUUUGAAGCAACAUCUCCGAGAUAUUUUUUCCAUGAAGCUAUUAAUUGGGGUGAGAGUAAAAUAAAAGGUUCGUGUCCUCAUGAAUGCCUUAACGGGGCUUUCUGUUCUAAGACGGGUACGUGUGACUGUCAAAUAUUCCAAGCUCUCGGGACAAGGUGCCAGAUUGUCCCAAACAUGGGAAGUGGCAGAGAUGGGAUUUGCAAAACCUGGGGGCAGUAUCACUUUGAAACAUUUGAUGGAAUCUACUACUACGUCCCAGGAAGCUGUUCUUAUAUCUUUGCAAAGGAUUGUGGUAAUUUGGAGCCUCAGUACACAGUAUGGGUCCAUAACAGCCCAAAGUGCCUUGGUUCUGUGUAUUCUUGUUAUCGCUCGAUCAGCUUAUUUUUUUCAAACCAAGAGGAAAUUAGAAUCUAUGGACAUGAAAUAAAGAAGAAUGGGCUCAGUUUAUCUCUGCCUCAAACAAUUGGGCAGGUGCACUUUGAGAAGCUAGCUGACUACAUUCUGGUGAAAACGACCUUUGGAUUUUCUUUGGCUUGGGAUGGAAUAUCUGGAAUUUACCUCAAACUAUCUGAGGAGCACAGAGGGAAAUCAUGUGGCUUAUGUGCAAAUUAUAAUGGCAUUCAGUCAGAUGACUUUGUGAUUCACCAAGAGGACUACACAGAAGACAUUGCUAUGUUUGCAAAUAGCUGGCUGGUGCUAACUCCAGAUGAUGCUAGAUGUGUACCCACUCCCUCAGACUUUCCAAAUCCGUGUUCCAGUGGAAUGCCAGCAUUUGAGGCAAUCUUCUUCAAAUGCCAGAUAUUGUUACAGUUCCCCUUUCUGAGCUGUCACGAAUACAUUGAUCCAUACUUAUACAUUGCCAGCUGUGUUAAUGAUCUGUGCAAAACUGAUGACGAUGAAACUUACUGUCGAGCAGCCACCGAGUAUGCUAGAGCGUGUUCCCAUGCCGGCUUCCCCAUUCAGGACUGGAGGGAUGACUUUCCAGCAUGCACUGAUAAAUGUGACGACAGCUUUGUCCACCGGGAUUGUAUCAGUUGCUGCCCACCAAGCUGCACGUUUGACAAGCAGUGUCUUGGGAGCAAUCUUCACUGCCUUGAUGGAUGCUACUGUGCAGACGGCCUCAUAAUGGACAAUGGAACUUGCAUCUCUUUGGAGAGCUGCCCGUGUAGUUUUCAUGGGUUAGCUUAUUCGGUUGGUUCAAAAAUUGAACAAGAGUGCACUGAGUGUGUAUGUGUUGGUGGGGUUUGGAACUGCACUGAGCAUGACUGUCCAGUUCAGUGUUCUGUUGUGGGUGACUCUCAUUUCACCACAUUUGAUGGGCGCCAUUAUUCUUUUAUCGGCUUGUGUCAGUACAUCCUUGUGAAAGGAACUGGGAAAGAUAGAUUCACCAUCACGUUACAGAAGGCUCAUUGCGAACAGAACCUGGGUUUGGUCUGCCUUCAGUCCAUAACUCUAAUUCUGGAGGAUGACUUUAACAAACAAGUAACGCUCAGUAGAGGAGGCCAAAUCCUCACCAGUCCCAACCAAGGCUUCACCCUGAACGGCGUUGUCGAAAUUCAAACUCUGUCAUCCUUAUUCAUUCUCCUAAGAACCACCUUCGGUUUAAAGAUCUUGUUCGCUAUUGAUGGAGAAAGAAUUUACAUUCAGCUUUCCAGUGCCUGGAAAAGAAGGACCUUAGGUCUGUGCGGUACCUUUAACGGCAACAUCAGGGAUGACUUCCUGGAAUCAGUUCCAGUAAGGUCCACUUACAUCACGGAACCACAUACCUCACCUUGUCUCCUUUCUCUGAAGGACAGUAUCUCCCCGAGCUCGUCACACCUGUUUGUCCAGUCCCAAGCAGUCGGAUUUGCUCAGCACUGCCGUGAAGUUGGGUAUGCAGCGCACUGUGAUGUCAUCCACCAGGAGCUCUUUGCUCCUUGUCACGUCUACGUCAGUCCAGGGCUGUACUACCAGUUGUGUCGCCAUGACGCGUGCAAGUGCGGAAGCUCCUGCCUGUGCAAUGCUCUUGCCCAUUAUGCCUACCUGUGUGGUCAGCGCGGCGUGCCCAUUGACUUCAGAGCUCAGAUCUCGUUCUGUGCUGUGGUGUGUCAAAAGGGCAUGCUGUACCACCACUGUUCCUCAUUCUGCCUCCGUUCCUGCACCUCUCUCUCCUCCCCUGAGCAGUGCAAAGAAGAUUGUGCUGAAGGUUGUAACUGUCCUGAAGGCAAAUUCUAUGAAGACACACUUAACUUUUGUGUGCCCAUAUAUCACUGCCGCUGUCAUUAUAGGGGAAGCAUUUAUCAGCCAGGGGAACUCAUCCCAACACCCUCAGGCUUAUGCCAGUGUUCAAAUGGGACUGUGAAAUGUGAUGAGACAGCAACGCCCUCUACUGUCCACGCCUGCCCAGAAGGGAAGGAAUAUUUUGACUGCAGGUUUCCUGACCCUGAAUUACCAGCUGGUGGUAUAAAUUGCGAGACCACGUGUGCAAACCUGGCCAUGAACUUCACCUGUGCUCCAUCCUCGCCUUGCAUCAGUGGUUGCGUUUGUGCUGCAGGGAUGGCUGAGCAUAAAGGAAAAUGCUAUGUUCCUGAAAGCUGUCCUUGCAUCUGGAAAGACUGGGAAUAUGGCUCAGGGGAAGUCAUCACUACACCAUGUUACACCUGUGUUUGUCGGCGAGGGAUGUUCAAUUGCACGUAUUAUCCGUGUCCCGCAGUGUGCACCGUCUAUGGGGACCGGCAUUACCAUUCCUUUGAUGGCUUGGAAUAUGACUAUAUCAGUGACUGCCAGGUGUUCUUGAUAAAGAGUACAGAUGAUUCUGGUAUAUCUGUGAUUUCCCAGAACAAGAAGUGCUUUGACAAUGAUAUUGUUUGUUCUAAAAGUGUUUUGAUAUCAAUUGGAGACACUGAAAUCUACCUCAACGAUGCUUCUUACAAACAGAAGCAGUCAGGAUUUUUCCUGGAAAGCAAACCUGAAUACCAGCUGUGGAAGGCUGGGUUCUACAUAGUAAUAUACUUCCCAGAGGAAGAUAUCACCGUUCUGUGGGAUGAGAAGACAACCAUUCACAUCAAAGUUGGGCCGAAGUGGAAGAACAAGCUGGCUGGAUUGUGUGGUAACUUUGACAAAUGUACUUCAAAUGAUAUGACAACCUCUAAUAACAUUGAAGUGCGAAACGCUCAGGUGUUUGGAGACAGCUGGGCCUUAGGACAGUGUGAAGAUCUUAUUGAGACACUGAAGCCCUGCGAGGCACACCAAAACAAAUUUCCCUAUGCCAAGAGAGAAUGUUCCAUUUUGUACAGUGAUGUGUUUGCUCCUUGUCGCAAUGUGGUCGACGUUACUUCUUUUGCCAAAAACUGCCAUGAAGAUACGUGUAACUGUAACCUGGGUGGGGACUGUGAAUGCCUAUGUACCAAUGUGGCUGCAUAUGCUUACAAAUGCUGCCAGGAAGGAGUGCCUGUUCACUGGAGGUCACCCACCGUCUGUGCCCUUGACUGUGAAUAUUAUAAUCAAGGGCUUGGAGAAGGACCGUACAUGCUGGCAAGUUAUGGACAAAGUGGCCUUGUUCUCGGUGCCAAUAUUACCAGUAGAAGCAUUUUCUCUUUGCCGAGAAGCAGCGAUCGUGGGAAUUUAUUUUUUAUUUUUAUGAUCACUCCAGGCCUUUUCAAAGAGAAGACAUCCUCAUUGGCUCUCGUUUCCUUGGAGUCUGCUGAAAGGCCAAACUACUUUCUCUACGUCCACGACAAUGACUCUCUUAGCUUGCUGCUGUGGCACUCGAGCUCGGCAUUUCGUCAGAGAGCAACGUUUUUCCACCACCAAGGCCUCUGGAUUCCUGGUUACAGUGCAUUCGAAUUAUACAGCAAGAAAGGCUACUUCAUUGUUUUUAUGGAUUCUACCGUCAAAGCAUCGAAAUACGAUGAUUCAGAGGCAUUCAAGCAGUCAAGUAGCUUCAGCAUAGAAGAAAUCCAGGCAGUGAUCCCUUACAGGAGGAUGUGCGAGUGGAGAUACGAACCUUGUGCUACUCCUUGUUUUAAAACAUGCAGUGACCCAGAAGCCCUAGCCUGUACAUUCCUUCCACCGGUUGAAGGAUGUUUACCAUAUUGCCCCAAGCAUAUGAUCCUGGAUGAGGUGACUCUUAAAUGUGUUUAUCCAGAAGACUGCAUACCACUGACUCCAACAGAACCAGCAUUAGUGCCACCAGACAUGGCUACUCCGUCAGACAUGACACCGACCCCAGGUUUGGAAUGUGAGCCUCAACAAUUUGAUCCUGUUUAUAACUGUAGUCAAUAUAUCUGCCUUAACAUGGAGUGGACCUUUUACAACUGGUCUCUGAAUUGCCCGACGGACUUGGAAAUGCCAGACUGUGGGUUCCGAGGAUGGCCUGUUCAAGUGAACACUGAUAUAUGCUGCCCUGAGUGGGAAUGUCCCUGUCGGUGCUCCAUGUUGUCGGAGCUGAGCAUUAUUACAUUUGAUGGAAACAGUGCUGCACUAUCCAGCCUGGCUUCUUACAUCUUAGUAAGAAUCCCUGGGGAAAUUGUCAUUGUUCACAUUGACAAAUGUUCCAUGAAUCAGAAUGGACAUGCCCUUAAAAAACCAGCUUCUUUUGGACGGAUCUCAGGACUUUGUUUUAAGAAGCUAAAUGUGACAACAUCUAUACAUAAAAUACUUAUCAACAGAGUGGCAAGAAAGGUAGAUGUGGAUUCUAUUGUUGUGCCUUUGCCAUUUUCAAGUCAUGAGCUGUUCAUAGAAGAUUCUGGAACAAUGUAUGUGAUUACUACUCCUGCUGGCUUAAUCAUAAAGUGGGCUCACCUUACAGGAAUCAUAGAUAUUCACUUCGGCCCCCAGUUUAACUUGUCAUCUUACACAGAAGGGCUUUGUGGGAUUUGCAAUGACGAUCCAGAUGAUGACCUCAGGAUGCAGAAUGGCACGAUCAUUACCAGCAUGGAAGACAUAGAGUUAUUUAUUGGGAGCUGGGAAAUUGAGAAAUCAUUUGAAGUGACCAUGAGAAGACCUGUGAGGAAUUGUACGGAGUAUGACUGCAGCCAUUGCAUUGAGUUAUUGAACAGAGAAGGCUUCAUUCCAUGCCAUGAGAAAGUCUCACCAAGGGACUUCUGUGAAAAGAUGUGGAUCAACUACACGUACUUCUGGAGCUAUGAAUGCGAUGCAGUCUCUGCAUACGUGGCUCUGUGCAACAAGUUUGGUAUCUGCAUUCAGUGGCGUACACCUGACUACUGCCCUCUGAGCUGCCCAGAGGGAAAGGAAUAUCAGCCCUGUGUGAGACCAUGUGAAGCAAGAACGUGUCUUAAUAAGUGGUUCUAUGGACAUUCCUCAUGUCUGAAUUUGAGAGAAGACUGUGUGUGCAAGGAUGGAACCAUUCUUCACCGGCCAGAUAAAACUCUAUGCAUCCCAGAGCAAGAAUGUGUAUGCACUGACAGUGAAGAUCACCCCCGCAGUGCUGGGGAGAUUUGGAAUGGUGGCAUUGAUGAAUGUGCCCUCUACAAAUGCCUGGAGGAUGGAAACAUUAUUCCUGUAGAGCCAGUCUGCGAAGAAGAGCCUUCCCCCAUCUGUGAACGAGAAGCUGAAGUGGUCAUAGGCAUUGUUGAUAAGCUGACCUGCUGUUCUAAAAAAGUCUGUGGCUGUGACAUGACUUUGUGUGACAGGACUAUCCCAAUAUGCACAAGUAGCCAGAAGUUGAUCAUUGGCUAUAGUGCUCUUUCUUGUUGCCCACAGUAUGAAUGUGAAUGUGAUACCUUGAGAUGUCCCAGUAUUUCAACCCCAGUUUGCAGAGACGACCAGUUUGUGCUUCAAGUCCGACAAGGAGAACCUUGCUGUUUCUACCCUUCCUGCGUUUGUAAGACAUGCACUGAACUGACUCCACAAUGUACUGACGGGGAAUUCCUCACAGUGAAUCUCAAUACUACACAUUUAUGCUGUCCUCAGUACUACUGUGUUUGCGAGCCAGAACUUUGUCCCCCACCAUUACUUGAGUGUGCAAAAGAUAUGAAUCUGGUGAAAGAAAAUGUAUCCGGACAGUGUUGCCCAAACUGGCAUUGCGAAUGCAACUGUGAAAAUCUUGUCAUGCCAACUUGUGAAGUGGGAGAAUUUGCCACAAUAGAUCAAACCUUUCAGACUGACUGUGGAUGUGUACAGUACCUCUGUGAAAAGGAUGAUGUGUGUGUGUUUCAAGAAGUAUCAGUGUUGAAUCCUGGCCAAUCUCUAAUAAAGUAUUUGGAAGAGGACUUUUGUUAUACAAUCGAAUGUCUGGAUGAAAAAGAUAACUAUACAGACUUUCAUACUUUGAAUGUUACAAUGGUGAAUUGUUCCAAAGACUGUGAUGUUCACCAGAUAUACAUUCCAUCCUCCAGUGAUUAUGAUUGCUGUGGGACAUGUAAAAAUAUAUCCUGCAAAUUUCAUAUGGAAAAUGGAACAUCAGUUAUAUAUGAGGAGGGAAGCACUUGGAACCAUAACUGCAGCACGUACGAAUGUGUUCAUACUGAGGAGGGGGCAACGAUUCUAAACUACAGCAUGGUCUGCCCUCCUUUUAAUGAAACUGAAUGCAAACUGAAUGAAGGCAUUGUAAAGCUUUAUAAUGAAGGCUGUUGCAAGAUCUGCAAACGGGAAGAAAGAAUAUGCCAGAAACUGAUCAUUAAAUCGAUCAUAAAGAAACAGGACUGUGUAAGCCAGAGCUCCAUUAGUGUGGCAUCUUGUGAUGGAAAAUGCCCAUCAGCUACCAUAUAUAACAUCAACGUCGAAAGUCACCUGAGGUUCUGCAAGUGCUGUCGUGAAAAUGGAGUGCGGAACCUGACGGUGCCUCUGCACUGCUCGGGAAAUGGCACUGAGGUUAUGUACACCCUCCAGGAACCUAUAGACUGCACGUGCCAGUGGAAUUGAGCUCUUGCGUUUGAAGAAUGCUAGGCAACAGAGUCCUGUCAAGCAACACUGUCUUUCCUCACUGUUACUUAGGCCCAUGGUGGACUUCUACUCUCUAAUGUGUCUUUACCACUGUUGGGAUUUGACAACCUAACAGUGGAUUCAAGAUGUGUGUAGUCUUAAUGGAAAAAAAAUAGAUCUGUUGUUUUAUUUUAGUGAGUUAAAUUAUUCCAAGUUCUUUAACUGAAAUGCUGUCACCUUUCAAUUGUAGGGU